CAUAGAUGUGCGCCGGGCCUGGUAGUGACUGGCGAAGCUGCGGAUUCGGCAGCUGUGAUCUAGGUAUUCUCGCCGACAGCAGAGCGGCCCUCUCAUAUACAGUCAGUGUGAUGAGGUAGCAUACUGUUUAUAAAGUCCUGUCCACUUUGGGAUCUCAGGCAUAUGGUGAAGGGGCAGAACCUUCUGAAGCCUUCUUGAAAGAUAUGGAUUCAAAGGAUAAAGAAGUGGAACAGAGUGGAAUCAGUGACUGUGAAUCCAGGGAUGAGAAAAAUCAAUCAAAGGAGAAUGAAUGGAACGUUGGCAGAAAGGAGCCCAUAUCAAAAAGACAGAUGAAGAAGUUAAUGAGGGAGAAACAAUGGCAGGACCAAAAAGAGCAACGCAAACAGAAACGUAAAGAGAAGAAACUUAAAAAGAAAUUAGAACGUCAAACUCGGAUCGAAGAUGGGAUUGAAGAGUCUACUAAAAAGCGCUUUAAGAAAGAUAUCAUUCCAAGUAAUGUUCGUGUGGCAUUGGACUGCAGCUUUGAUAGUUUAAUGGUGCUGAAGGAUGUCAAAAAGCUGCAUAAUCAGAUUCAAAGGUGUUAUGCGGAAAAUCGAAGAGCAUCACAUCCUGUAAAGAUGUUCUUGACCAGUCAUAGUGGACAACUAAAGAAGAAUAUGGAUGAAAAUGACAAAGGAUGGGUCAACUGGAAGGGAAUCACUGUUACCUCAAAUCAUUUCAGUGAAAUAAUAAAGAAGGAAGAGUUGAUUUAUCUUACGUCUGAUUCCCCAAAUGUGCUUAAUGAGCUGGAUGCAAGCAAAGCUUAUGUCAUUGGUGGCUUGGUGGAUCAUAAUCACCACAAGGGUUUAACAUAUGAUAAUGCACUGAAGCUAGGAAUCGCACAUGCCCAGCUUCCUCUUGGAAAUUAUGUGAAAAUGAAUAGCCGCAAAGUCUUAACAGUAAAUCAUGUAUUUGAAAUAAUCCUGGCAUAUCUGGAGAAGCAAGAUUGGGAGAAAGCAUUUUUCACAGUGCUGCCACAGCGCAAAGGAGCAGUUCCUGCAGGAGAGGUUGGUAACACCGAACAAUACCAUGCUGGUGCUGACUCGGACACUUGUGAUUCUACAGAAACGGGGACAGUAACGUCAGCAGCUUGUGCACUAGAAGACAAAAAGCCUACUGACUUAAAUUGUGAAGAUAGAAGCAUAGGGAUCGAGGAAGAACUACACGGUGAAGUGUAGUCCAUUCUCAAUUUGAUUCAAUACUUGACUGUUGCUUUGAAGUUUUAUUUGUAUGGCUUAAAGAAAGCAAAAUCAAGUCUUUCCAUUUGGCUUCAUAGUUCUCGUAUUCCUCAUGUGAUAUUUAAGUCAGUGAAUACAGAAAAAAAUCAUUUUUAAUAAAUGAAUUGGAUUUAUUUUAAGAAUUUUA